AUGGAGUUAUUUUAGCAAGCAGUUAAAGCACUAGAGCCAUACAAGUACGAAAAUGACUGGUCAAAAACUUUCCGUUAUUACAACGAUAUGUUUUGGUACACUUAUUCACUAGCAGGAUUAGUACCUCUAUUGGUGAUAUCUCUUUAUAGGUUCUUUAACCCACUUUAAAACGAGAAAUCAUUGCAAGAUUAACCAAACUUUAAGAAAACAAAAGGAUAUUUCUUAGUGAAAUCUCUCACAUUCUACGCAUUUUACUACUAUAUUUUAGAUAUUAUUAUUACAGCUGUUGAUGGAAGCUAUACAAAUGUCUGUAGAUUUGCAUUCCUUAGUCAUCAUAUCCCUUCUAUUCCCCUCCUCUAUUACAUUAACUGUCUCAAUUAUAUGCCUUGGUGGACAAUUAUUGUAGCAGCAUGGCAUGCUCUUUUGAUAGCAUUCCCAGAUAUCUAGCUGUUGAAUUACCCUUACCUUGCUAUUAUUUUUUACUUCCAUUACAUGAUUUUCUACAAAGAACCCUACUGCACUAUAGGCGUCUUUAAGAGUAUUUAAAAGGUCUUCCCUUUCAUGUAUGUCGCCUUAAUUAUAAUAUGGUGGACUGAUUGCAAAAAUCUUCUUCCAUUCAUAUGA